ACCAUAAAAGGCAGGGCGUGGGCGGGCGAGCAGGGCAGAAGCAGAGUCUCUUGGCUGCACCCGUCACCGGUUCCCCCAUCUUCGUCAGCUUGCAAUCUCCACUCACCUCACUCCCACUCCACCUCCCACCUCCCACUCUUCUCCAUAUCGAGGACGAAAGGGUGAGGAGGGAGCUGGGGGACUAGCUGCUACGCGGAGGAGGAGGAGAUGGAGCGAGGGCUCGCAUUGCUGGGUCUGGGGCUGGCGCUUCUCCUGCUGGCGCCCUCUCGUCGUCUCGCCUCGGCCGCUCCGGUGGAGGACGGCCUGCUCAUCAAUGGUGAUUUCGAGACAGCGCCACCUGGCGGUUUCGUCAAAUCUGCUUCAGUUUCCGAGGGCGCAGCGAUCCCAAGCUGGACGAUCAAUGGAACAGUUGAGCUCAUUUCCGCAGGCCAGCACCAGGGUGGCAUGAUCCUUAUUGUUCCACAAGGGGAUCAUGCUGUGCGGCUAGGGAAUGAUGCAGGCAUUGGGCAGGUGGUGCAGGUUGAGAAGGGCUCAGAGUACGCGAUCACAUUCAGUGCCGCCCGGACCUGCGCGCAGCUGGAGUCACUGAACAUCUCCGCUGGGAGCGUUUCGCAGACCGUCGACUUGCAGACACUGUACAGCAUAGAAGGCUGGGAUGCAUAUGCACUGGCUUUCCAGGCAGUGGAUGAGCAGGCCAGCAUUGAGUUUAGGAACCCUGGCAUGGAGGACGACCCGACCUGCGGGCCCAUCCUCGACAACGUGGCCAUCAAGAAGCUCUUCUCCCCCGACAAAGCAAAGGAGAACAUGGUGAUCAAUGGAGACUUCGAGGAGGGGCCAUGGAUGUUUCCAAACACCAGCUUCGGCGUCCUGCUCCCGACGAACCUCGACGAGCAGACGUCGGCCUUGCCAGGGUGGAUGAUCGAGUCGAACCGCGCAGUCCGCUUCGUCGACUCCGACCAGUACACCGUGCCCCAGGGGAAGCGCGCCAUCGAGCUUCUCUCCGGCAAGGAGGGCAUCAUCUCGCAGAUGGUGGAGACGACCCCUCAGAAGGCGUACACCCUGACGUUCACGCUCGGCUCGGCAGGCGAUUCGUGCCAGCCGCCGAUGGCCGUCAUGGCGUUCGCCGGCGACCAGGCCCAGAACUUCCACUACGCCCCCAUGGGCAACGCCACGAGCCAGGCCGUGAACGUGAACUUCACGGCGCGUGCCGAGAGGACGCGCGUUGCGCUCUACAGCGUCUACUACAACACGAGAAGCGACGACCACAGCUCGCUCUGCGGGCCGGUGAUCGACGACGUCCGCGUCUGGGGCUUGAAUGGGGCUGCUGGGCUGAAGGCGAGCAUUGGGCUGCUUAUUGCCAUGGCUAGUGUCAUCGUUCUCGUGCUGUUCUGAUCUUCUGAAUAUACGUAUGUAACCUCCCCUGCAAGGACGAGGAGGCCACUAGUUUUGUUAGCAGUAAGCCUGAGGUUUCUGUGAGAUUGAUGAGUAAUGUGAGCUUAGGCUAAAGCUACCAGUAGCUGUAAGUGGUGGUUUUGUUGCUUUCUUGUGUGAUUCAGAAAGUAGCAAGCCAUGAUGGGAUUGCGUGGUAAAAUGUGAGAUGUAAGAAUUGUUCCAACUUCAUCUCUUCAAUGCAUUAGAAAGUUCAGAAA